AUGAGCAAGCUGGGGGCUUCAGGCAACCUCGGUGACUACCCCGUGGCUGUCGAGUCAACAGCACACCUUCAGGCACACACCCUGGGCUCCCAGCUCGGGGCCCAGUUUUGGGAGGUCAUCAGCGAUGAGCAUGGGAUAGACCCCACGGGCAGUUACCAUGGAGACAGUGACCUGCAGCUGGAGAGAAUCAACGUGUACUACAAUGAAGCUGCCGGUAACAAAUACGUGCCUCGGGCCAUCCUGGUGGAUCUGGAGCCGGGCACCAUGGACUCGGUCAGGUCUGGACCCUUCGGCCAGAUCUUCCGGCCCGAUAACUUCGUGUUCGAACCAGGCCCAGGCCCACCCAGUAAUGAAACGUCCUUCCCCUACGAUCUCAGCACUAUGGGCAGAGCGGCAGGAAGGGUGACGUGGUCUUUGCAGCCCCAGAAAGAAGCAGGACAGCUUCACCUGAGUCGCCAGAAUGAGGCGGCUGCCCGGAAGCUGACGCGGUCAGAACAGCGCUGGUGA